AUGGAGCUCGAACUUGGAGAAUACGACGACACAGACUACUUCUUCGUUCCAACGAAUCAUCCAGGCAUCUCCAAGUUGACCUUUAUUGGCGAUCGUCUUCGGAUAUUCUACCAGUGUCACCAGCAGCCUCAAGAGCUGUUCAAGAAGCUUAAGACACUGCCGUCACUCCAAUCGCUCCACUUCCACUUUGAUGAAUCAUGGGAUGGCGAGAAUGACGACCGCACAUUCUUCUACGAUGGUCUCAUCGAGCUGCUUGAGCAGCAGCGUGCGGCAGGGUCACCCAUCACUCAGCUGGGUCUGCGCUAUCGCAGUCCCGACAAACGACAAGAGAUUAGAUUCUUCAAGUAUCUCUUCCAGACGCAACCACUGGUCGAUCACGUCGACUACUCUUUGUCUGGAAUAAGAGGACUCCCAUUCGAAUUCGUUCCCGUGAUCACAUGCAAAGUCAACAAACUGGAACUGAAUGGAUGUAUCAUGGAUGAUAUGUUUAAUCGAUAUCGUGAAUACUACGAUGACGAUGAUGAUGAUGAACAAGACAUGGUACCAAGGUUCCAAUCAUUUAACAAUGUUGACAAGAUCACAGUGCUUUGUCACCAGUCCUACGACUUUAUAUCGGGACUGCUCAGAUACAACACGCAGUCAUUGUCAAUCGUUAUCAAACACCUUCGUCCCGUGCCCGUGACCAACGGCGACGUUGAUGGACUUCAGAUGGUCAUCGAUGCCAUUCAAGACAAUCCACUGCUGCACAAUGUUCAAAUUGGCUUGAGCAGACACCACGACUACACCAGUCUUCUGGCUGCUCUCCAGCAACAUCCAAACCACGCUACACUGUUAACAGUGAACACUUAA